GUCUGGUAUAUAAACGGAGCGCAGGUCAGGGCCAUGGACAAUCUGCUGCUGUUCACUGCUUGGCGGACAACAAAACGACAACAAAACGACAAUCAGCAACUUAUUGAGUUAGAAAGGCUGUAUAUUGUUUCUCCCUCUGUCAGAUCGAAUACCAAAAACCAGCGGCGAUGAACAGCCAUUGUAACGGGACCGGGAAGCAGCUGGUGACAGAUUUCUACUAUAAUAACGGUUUCAGUGAGCCGAGCCUCGAGACCAAGAAGACCACCGUACAGCAGCGGAAACAGCAUGAGACGUCCGGUAAAGAUGCUGAGGAUGAGUCCCGGUUACCGGCACUCGAAGCAGCGUACAGCAGCAUCUUGCGGGGUCUCGGGGAGGACACGGACCGGCAGGGGCUCCUGAGGACGCCUCUAAGAGCCGCCAAGGCAAUGCAGUUCCUUACCAAGGGAUACCACGAGGACGUGUACGACAUCCUGAAUGAUGCCAUAUUUGACGAGGACCAUGACGAGAUAGUGAUAGUAAAAGACAUUGAAAUGUUCUCUCUUUGUGAACACCACCUUGUACCCUUUUUUGGCAGGGUACAUAUCGGAUACCUGCCAAAUAAGAAGGUGGUCGGGCUUAGCAAACUGGCUAGGAUUGUUGAGAUGUACAGUCGGAGGCUCCAAGUCCAGGAGCGUCUGACCAAGCAGAUUGCCAUGGCGAUAUCAGAAGCUCUACAGCCAGCUGGUGUGGCUGUGGUUAUAGAGGCAGCGCACAUGUGUAUGGUGAUGCGUGGGGUUCAGAAGAUGAACAGUCGAACUGUGACCAGCUGCAUGUUGGGGGUGUUCAGAGAAGAUCCAAAGACUCGAGAAGAGUUCCUACGACUCACCAAGACUGCUUAGCAACCAUCUCUGACCCCUGACCUCUAGCCCCUGCCCUGACCCUGUAAAGCACAUGUUCUCUGGGUAGAGUUCCUAAGACUACUCCACACACCUCACAGAAGCCUUAUAUACACAAAAGGCAAUGCAGGCUAUAAUUAUGAGAGGCUAUAAUUAUGGUGCCUUCAGCUAACCUCAGCUAGAAAACCUGACAGUCUUAAAACAUGAUCUCUGCUGUAUAGAAAGGUAUAUAUAUAUACACUAGUUAUACACUAGUUAUAAGCACUAGAUAUGACUUGUUAAGACUGAGAUGUAUUGUGAUACUGCGAGCAGGAAAGUGCCCUACCUCUUACAUUUUUUAAUGCAACUCAUGAACCAGGUUUCCACUCAACAUUUUUAUGUGAGUAAAGUACAUGUCGGAUAAAAAAUGUCACAACAGACCUGAUGGAAAUAGCAAAUUUGUCGGUAAACUUUCCAAAUGUCGACAAAACAAAAUACGCUAGACAAGGUGGGGUCUUCUUGUGGCUGUAAAAAUAGUUAUGUGAGGAGUUGCGGUGGGAAACGCCUUUAUGCGCAAAUAUUGAUAGAAUAACCAUAUUAUCUCAAGUAAAUUUGGAGUCACGCAAUAUGUUGUGUGGUACUCCCACUACGUCUCAGGAAAUCAUGCAGUUUAUUAGGCUACAGAUAAAAUAAGUAAUGAAAUUCACUCCUUUAUAUUAAAUAUCAAGUCUUAUUCUUGUGAUAUGACCAGAGUGGGGGCACAUACCAGAUAUAACCUAGCAGUUUUGUGACAAGCAUCAGUAGAGUUGAAAAUGCAAUGGAAACCCAUUUAACUUGUAUUUUUUAAAACUUGUAUAUUUAACCACAAAAGUUAUUUUUAUGUGCACUACGUCAUCAUGCACAGCCUUUUAUCCGCAACAAGUACAUUUGAUGGAAAUACAUCUCUGGUGGGAAAAUUUGCAUAUUGUUUAUAUGCAGAUUUUUGAAUAUUCACAUGAAAAUCUGUCACACCGAUUGGGUGGAACCUAGUUACUGUCAUCAAGUUGCACUUUUUUAGGACCUCUUAUUUUACCUACAGAAUGUAGAAACAAGCUGUUUUCACAUAUGUAGACACUGGUAUGGUGCUGGAGAUUUGAAUUUUUUUAUUUACUUAACCUUUCUUUUGACAGGGAGUCAAUGUUAAGACCGAGGUCUCUUUUCCAGAUGAGCCCUGUUUAGCACAACAAUGCACAUUAAACUACACAACAAUUAAAUACAUGUUAUUAUACACAAAAAGAAAAACACAAUCAUAAAAAAACAGACAUUCUUCAGUAAAAAAGUUCCGGAACAACCAUCUGAAAUGCUCUAGAGGUAUCAAUUCCUCCAAGUUUGAAGUGGAUUGUAUGUAGAUCAUUCCACACUUAAGGUGCAAGGAAAUUAAAGGCUGAUUUACCUAACUCUAAAAGCCAAAGGAAUCUCCAG